CCUUCGGGGAAAACCAAACCAAAAAAAAAAAAAUGUCAAUGUCAAAAAUGACAGUUGAAUGUUUACGUUUGUUUUGUACCUAGUGGAUUUUUCGUUUUUAUUGUGUUUUAAGGUGGUUUUAAGGAAGAAGAGAUGUAUUUACCUGUUAUUUUUAUCCUCAUAAUACAAAUUUCAUACUCUCACAACCGGAAGAGUGGUUGUGGGUGUAAUAUAGGGCGGACUUAUUCCCAAAAAAAGGACUUUACUAGUGUAUUUGGAAUUCAGAAGAUUGAGCAGUGUCCCAUUGGUUUACUAACUGAUGAUUUUCAAGAUCUCAACCCUGAUUCUACUGAAGAUAUGGUCCUGAUACCAGUUGGAAGUUAUCAGGUCGGUACUGAUGAUGUAGCUAUAGAAAGCGACAAAGAGGGUCCGAAAAGAAUCAUUGACUUGAAAAGUUUCUACCUGGACAAAUACGAAGUAUCAAACAGGGAUUUUAGUCGAUAUGUUAUGUUAACUAAUUAUAAGACUGAAGCAGAAGAAUUCGGAGAUAGUUUUGUAUUUUCUUUAUUCCUGAACAGUACUUUUAAGGAGCAACUUAAAGACUAUCGUGUUGUACAGGCUCUGUGGUGGUAUAAAGUUUUUGGUGCUGAUUGGAAACAUCCAUAUGGACCGGAUUCUAAUAUAACAGGUGUUAUGGACCACCCAGUGAUCCACGUAUCCUGGCGAGAUGCACGAGCGUACUGCGCGUGGAGGGGGGCACGGCUGCCAUCUGAAGCAGAAUGGGAAGCAGCUUGUCGGGGUGGUCACCGUGACACCAAGUACCCGUGGGGCAAUAAGCUGUUCCCUGAUCGAAAGCAUAUGGCUAACAUAUGGCAAGGGACGUUUCCAAAUCACAACUCAGCUAAAGACGGAUAUGUCGCCACAAAUCCAGUUAAUAUGUUUCCACCCAAUGACUUUGGUCUUUACAACAUGGCUGGCAACGUUUGGGAGUGGACUGAAAAUGCUUGGUCACCUGAUAAGCCACAAGAGAAAGUGAAGAAAGGAGGUUCAUAUCUGUGCCAUCGCUCGUAUUGUUACCGUUACCGGUGUUCAGCUCGCUCACACAAUACCGAGGACAGUACAGCAGGGAACCUCGGCUUCCGAUGCGCGAAAUCUGUUAAUAAAUACUAAUGAUCUCCAUAUUUGGCUGUUGCAGUCAGUUGUAUAGAAUAGAAAGGGAACUUGAAUGCAAAAGGUACAAAAUAUUUGUGUACAAGUUUAAAGGAACUUUGCUAUGUGAUAGUUCUAAAUACAUUCCAAUUGAAUGUAAGCACCUACAUCCUUUGAAACGUAAAAAAAUACCUUCCAUAUAAUAAUCCUUUUGUGAAGUGUGUUAAAAAUGUUGUUGUAUUAGAAUAUCCACAUUGCAUUUAUUUGAAACUGUUCUAUUAUCAGUGACAGUUGAGAGGGAGUUAAAUUCCGUUCCUAUUCUACUUGGUUUGUACAACUUUUAUAGUACUUAAAUAAUAUUAAGAAACCAUCCGGCACCUCGCUGUUUUAAUAUCUGUAAUAGUAUGUAUACAUUUUAAAUAAACCAUUUACUAAUAAACCAUUAUAUACCUAAAAUAUACGUAACUAGUCUUCCAACUUAUGAUUUGUAUAUAAUUGUAAGUGUUACUGAAUGUUCCUAAGUUGAAAUGUAUAAAACUUCUUUUACUGGGAUAUACAUACAUAUACCUUUUUGUAGAAUUUUUGUGUGCAAUGUAAUUAUGCAUGUGAUAAUUUUCAUCUCACUUGAUACUUAAAGAAAUAAACAUGGAGUGAUCUGGUA